AUGGAUUCAGUAUACGUGCCGUCUUUUGCAGCGACCCAGCUUGCCCUGCUAGACCAGGAGCUGCAGAGCGAGAUCCAGGAAACGAGCACUCUCAUCACCAAUCACAGCCCCACUGGACUGCAGCGAGCUGGACUGGCCAUCACAAAUCUGAACAUCUCCUCGCAGCGGACAGGAUUGGGGGGCAAGACAGUGCUGGAGCUGAGUCCAGACAGCGCAACUUCAAGCACGGGGGAGCUGCCUGAACAUGGCAUUCGGACUGGGGACAUUGUCCUGGUGGCAGAGCAGCCGGCGGGGAGUGCAAAGAAGAGAGAAAUCAAAGAGCUCGAGAAGAAGGGAGCCAGAGGCGUAGUUACAAGGGUACAGAGAGCGGCAGUUAACGUCGCGCUGGAUGAGGGGAAAGAUGAUGUUCUGUUUUCGGGGAGAGUGUGGAUGGUGAAACUGGCCGACGAGGUUACAUAUCGACGUAUGAACCAGACUAUGGAGAAGCUACAAAAGAUGGGAGAGUCAGAGUACUCGAGCUUCAUCAGGGUGCUGUUUGGACUAUCGAGCCCUUCACCGGUACCGCAGAAGCUAUCAACGAGCGAUGAGGUUGGUAACCUUGAAUGGAUAGACCCAACUCUGAAUGAUUCGCAGAAGGAUGCCAUUCGAUUUGCGCUGGCUUCUCGAGAAGUAGCCCUCAUCCACGGACCUCCUGGAACCGGCAAGACUCACACACUGAUAGAGCUGAUUCUGCAAAUGAUCAAGCGUAAUCAGAGAAUAUUGGUCUGCGGCCCGUCUAAUAUAUCUGUUGACAACAUUGUCGAGCGGCUCUCGCCGCACAAGAUACCCAUCCUUCGUCUUGGCCACCCUGCUCGGCUCCUACCAUCUGUUCUUAACCAUUCUCUCGAUGUUCUCACGCAGACGUCUGAGGCUGGUGCUAUAGUCAAAGAUGUCCGCGCGGAGAUGGACGCUAAACAGGCGUCGAUCAAAAAGACCAAGAGUGGUAAAGAACGGAAAGCCAUCUACACCGACUUGAAGGAGCUACGGAAGGAAUACAGAGAGCGGGAAAGGAGAUGCGUCAGCAACCUCGUUGGCGGUAGCAAAGUUGUUCUUGCAACGCUACACGGUGCCGGAGGCUUCCAGUUGAGGAACGAACAGUUUGACGUGGUCAUCAUUGAUGAGGCGAGUCAAGCUCUGGAAGCGCAGUGCUGGGUCCCGUUGCUGUCAGCAAAGAAAGUAGUCUGCGCCGGAGACCAUUUACAACUACCGCCGACAAUCAAAUCCCUUAAUUCAAAAGUCAAGGCAUCGAAAAUCAAGGAAGGCGAUGACGGCACGUCUGUCAUUAGGGGCAUGACGCUUGAGACCACUCUCUUUGACCGUCUUCUGGCCCUUCACGGGCCGGCUAUCAAGCGUAUGCUUACAACGCAAUAUAGAAUGCAUGAAAAGAUUAUGCGGUUUCCGUCAGACGAGCUUUACGGGUCGGAGCUCAUUGCGGCUGACGCGGUGAAAGCACGGCUGCUCAAGGAUCUAGAAUACGACGUGGAAGGCAACGAGGACACUACAGAGCCGCUCAUCUUUAUUGAUACCCAGGGAGGUGAUUUCCCAGAGCGAAAUGAAGAUGACGACAAAGAUGGCCCGAAAAGGGGCAAUCUGCACGGCGAGAGUAAGAGCAAUGACAUGGAAGCGGCUCUGGUGCGCUUGCAUGUGAAGCAGCUGGUAGAAGCCGGCGUCCGACCCGAGGACAUUGCUGUCGUCACCCCUUAUAAUGCACAGCUUGCUGCGCUUGCAACGUUGAAAGAGAAAUUCCCGGGCAUUGAACUUGGCAGCGUGGAUGGCUUCCAGGGGCGUGAAAAGGAGGCUGUGAUUGUGAGUCUUGUGCGAAGUAACCCCGACGGCGAGGUGGGUUUCUUGGGAGAAAAGAGACGACUGAAUGUCGCCAUGACACGGCCCAAGCGAUCAUUGACGGUCAUUGGAGAUUCCGAGACGGUCAAGAGGUAA